AUGAUAACCACACUCGAUGGUUUUAUUUUUGUCUUCUUCUUGUAUGUGCUAAGUUGGGUCAUCGAACGCUACCAAACCGAGAGUGGUUCGGGUGGUCGAAGCAGCGGGAUCCAUUCAGCAAGUGCAAGUCCUUCGCCCUCAGACAGAUCUUCACCACGAUCUCACGAACUCAUCUCUCUAUCGAGAAACACCCGCGAAGUAUCGCCUUCUGUUAGUGCGUUGCGAGGUGAUGAUGUGUCCGACUGGGAAGAAGGUGAAGGUACGGAUGAUGCAGUGGAGUUGCCCCAUCCAGUACCCUUCCCCGAAUUUGGUGGCGACAUCGUACAUUCUACCGAGGACAUAGACAGAGACUUCGACGAGGUUUCUGGAAGUGACAUUCAGGCUACCGAUGGAUCCUGGGAGGAGAACUGGUUGUUUCAAAAGAAAAAGAUUAAGAACAUUCAGUCAGUUCCAGUGCCUAUGUUAGUACCUAACUCCAAUACAGAGUACAGAGUACUAAUCGGAGACAGGGACGCCGACGACACCACCGAUUUAUCAGAUAAUGCGAGCGAUGCUGAAGAUCAAGACGUAACAUACAAAAGUGACAUAAAGAAAGUUCUAGACUCAAAACAUCUCAUUGGGGGAAAACCCAAGAUUGGCGAAGUUUUGGAAUUCGAACCGGAUAGUCUUAUGUCUAUAGAUGGGCGAAUUAGCGACAACUACUCCAAAGACGAAGACACUGUAGACAGUCUUGACACAAGUUUACAAGAUGUUUCUAAACAAGAAAAGGUACAAUGUAUAAACGCAAACAUGAACGAAUCAGUUUUAGAACUUAGCACAGACAGUGGCCCAUUACUCAAAACAGAAUUCAAUUUAAAGGAAGAAAUUCAUAGAACUGCCAAUGGAAGUGUGGAAUACGACAGCUUGAGCAAUUCUGAGAGAAACACUAAUAGUUUAGAAAACAAUGAAUCGCCACACGAUAAAGAAUUAACAAAUACACUAAGUCGUCACGAGCGAGAAGGCGAAUACGAAGAAACUGUUUCUAUACCAGUACAGCGAUACGCAGAUAGUUUACGGAGAAAACAUUUUGAAGAACCACAACCGAACAAUGUAUCGAAUGGAGUCGAUGAUGAAUUAAUUCCAGGUUCCAUUGCCUAUAGGGAAAGGAAAAAGUGGUUAAACUAUGUCGAUAUGCCGAACAAUCCUUAUUCGCCAGAAGCGAUAAAGAAAAGACUAUCAGCUAAAAGUACAUCAUCACUAUUUGAUACUUUGACAACGAAACAAAGUUCAGAAAAUAAAUUUGCGUCUAACGAGGACGUGACAGCGCACAGAAUUGACGAUAAUAAUAAGCAGACACAUAAAAUGUCGGCGAGUCAAAGUACAGAAUGCUUAAGUAGCAACGGUAGAUCACCAAGUCCUUCAACGAAAGUAUUGAAAGACGUGUUAGCUGAGGAAAUUCCCCAAUAUAAACGUUACGGCAGAGAUUAUUAUAUAAAAGAAGCGAAACUGUCAUCCGGAGGUCGUGAAAAAACAUUCAGCGAUACAAGUUCCAUGUCGAGCUCCAUAAACAAAUCGAGCAGUUUAGACAAUUUCGAUACAGAGUUCGCUUCUCCCGUAAGUGCUAGCAGCUCACUGAGUGACCUCGAAGCCUGCUCCCUUCAUCAAAACAUCGCACGAGCCGUGUUCAGCCCUAGAAACGCUAGCCCAAAUUUUGCUAUAAAUCCCAUAUUCGAAAACCCUUUAGAAAUUGCUGACGAUAUUGCGUACAGACGCAACGUCAGUAGAACGAAUGUAAGAGAUUAUAAUAAUCUAUACAAUGGAGGUGAUGGUUAUGUGGAAAACGAGAAUAUUGUUAGACUUAAUAUUCCAAAAACGCCAGAAAUAUCGGAAGAGCACUUUGAGACGUAUCAUAAUGUUAGGCGAAGUCAAACACUGCGUAGCGGAGAUUCGUACGCGCGUAUCAAACGCCGACCAGGUCUCAACCAUUGCUUUGGUGGAAGCCUAAGAUUGAGUCAUGGCUUUCGUUCAGAUUUAUGUAAUACUCAACAGUAUUCUGCCAAGAUAUUAGUGGAAUUAUUAAUUCAACAAUUUAAUACAAUUGCUGCUAACCAAGACUAUACGAAAUUCGGCGCAAAAGAGCAAGAUCAUAAAGCAAUAUCUAAAGUACCCAUUGAAGGCAAAAAUGAAAUUCUAAUAGAAUAUGAAGAUACCGAUGACGUAUUUGUCGCUAAGCCCAUACUAGUCGACGAAGACACUGACAGAAAAUUUAAUGAAAUCUUAGAUAGCGUUAACACAGAGAAACAAAUAAGUAUUAUGAUCGAAGAUCAUGAAAAAUCUCCUUCUCGUAACAGUAUUGAAAAUUCAUACAGCUCGAGUAGCAUUGAAGAUUCUAUUAAAGUAUACAAUGUACAAACUGGCGAGAUAGUAAAAUGUAAACCGGAAGAUAAGGUAUCGCAACGAUACGAGCAAACGGCUGACGAAAAUGACAACAAACAUUCAGCUGAUAACGAAAUCCACGUAGAAAUUAUUGAUAGCCUCAGUCAAAAUGCUAAACUCAAUACAGACGCAUCAUCCGAAAAAGAUCUGAGUGAACCUCCGCUGGUGGAAAGUAGGCUAGAGAAGAUCACUGAAAUAGACGAAAUACUACCACAGUUACCUAAGGUAAAGGAACUAGCAAAAAGAUUCCUUAGUAUGGAUAAUCUAAAUGAGCCGACAAAGCCACCACACCAACUCUGGCGGCGAAGAAGCAGGGAAAACAUCCUGGAUGCUAAAGACAAACCAAAACACAUGUUUAUGCACAGUCUCACGGCAAGAAGCAUUUCUAAAGAGUUCCGAGAGGAGCUGAAGCUCUCUAGACCAACGAAUAUAACAGUUCCAGGAGGUGCAAAAGAAAGUCCAGAAGGGGCUGACGAAGUUCUAAAAGAAUCAAGUCCUGAACGACCUGAAAGUCCUGUUCCUGAGCCUGGAACAAUAAAAACCAAGCUAGCCUUUUUUGAGAGUUUGAAAUCUAAGUUUAGCAACAAAUAA